AUGCAGGCAGUUAAAGCAGGAAAUAAUCAAGUUGCCCAGGACGUGCAACGUAUAGCGGGUGCGUAUGAGAAGGAGGAUUGGCUUCCAGAGACGCCGCAGCAGCUCUGUCACAACCUGUUUCACACAAUUUAUGUGGGAAUGGCUACGCAAUCCUCCCAAGCAACAAGAAGCAGAGCCAAGGAAUGGUCAAACGCGAUUGGCUCGUACCACGUUGACCUCAAUAUCGACGAUAUGUAUCAGGCUCCGGUAAACUCUUUUCAGAAGGCCACCGGAUUUGAGCCAAGGUUCAAAGUUGAUGGAGGGUCAAUGGCGGAGAACAUUGCAUCAAAAUAUUGA